CGCCUCUGUCGGAGAAUGACGAUAUCGAUUCUCCCAACACAUUAAUUUCAUAGCACAAAUGGAAGGCCAUGCGCUGGCCACAGCCAGACAUGCGCUUGCCAAACACAGCACAAUAUCAAUUCUCAUUGUCUUCAGACCAAUACACCGACAAUCAAUCAAUCGCUUUCCCCGCUUCUCGUCCCCGCGCCUCUUCUCCCAUGGACGAGCAAACUCAAAAUCAAACUGCGCAGACGCUAUGCAAGCUUAUCCCCUCUCAGGGUACUACUUUGAUAUCCUUUCUGCUCGCUCAAAGCAUCGUGGGCAAGCGACAACCUCACCCUCCGCCCCAGAACACAAACCGGCAACCACGACACCACCCGCCGAAUCAAGCGGACUGCCCCAGUCGCCGGAAGAGAAGAUGGCAAUUGUCUUUGGGACCCGCUUAGCCGGGCCUGGGCGGUCCUCGCGCUACGAUCCAGGCUCAACUGCUGCGUGGAAGACCGUGAACGGAGUACCGGUUCCGCCGCGACCGGAGGAGCCGGAUAACUGUUGCAUGAGUGGCUGCGUACAUUGUGUGUGGGAUGACUAUCGGGACGAGAUGGAGGAGUGGGCGGCUCUACUGGCCGAGGCCAAAGCUAAAGGUCCGUCGAAGAAGAGUGUGGUUCCGGGUGCUAUACCGAAGAUGCCGGAUGAUGCGCCUGGUGGCACGAGUAUGGAUGAUGAUGGUGGUGGGAGUGAAGCGAAUUGGUCGCUACCAGGAACCCAUGAUGAUUUGUUUGCAGAUAUCCCAGUUGGUAUUCGCGAGUUUAUGAAGACGGAGAAGAGGUUGAAGCAGAUGCAUCAGCAGGGGCGGGAGAGCUCAUGAGUCAUGUCCGUGAGUUUCGAGUGUAUAAAAAUGCCCAUUCGUUAUGCUUUGUGUUGCAUUAGCUGUAUAUAUUAACAAAAAAUAGAUGUAGAACUAGAGACCCUGUAUACAUACUUUCACUUACGUGAGCAACAUGAUUGUAGAGAGUGCUACUAGGCAGCUAAAUACAGCCAUACGAAAGAUGGCCUGGCAGUAAUGCGAAUGACUGGUAUGAAGCCUGACAUUUUAC